CAUGUAGUGUAACCAAGUACAACAUUAAUAACCAGAAACAGAAGUUAACAACAGAUGCACUUUUGUUGUUAAUUGCUGGAGAUCUACUUCCAUCAUGACUGUCGACCGUGGACAGCCAAAACUUUAUAGACUUUGUUGAGAAGCUUGAUCCUAAAUAUCAGAUCCCAAGUCGAAAAUAUUUGUCCAGUAAAUUACUCCAUGAAAAGUCAAGUGAAGUGAAAAACAAUCUAAAAGUUCAGCUAUCUAAGGCAAGAAAUGUUUGUUUGACAGUAGAUCUGUGGUCCAAUAGGCAAAUGAAGGCUUUCAUGGGGAUCAACGGACAUUUUAUUGUCAACUGGGUGAUGAAGUCAGUGAUGCUUUCCUGCAAACGAUUUAAAGGGAAAAACACAUCAGAAAACAUCAGACAUGAAUAUGAAGAAACACUUGCCCUGUUUGAAAUUGCUGAUAAGAUCUGCACAGUUGUUAGCGACAAUGCAUCAAACAUGGCGAAAGCAUUCAAAUUUUCAAUUAUUCAUGCAAGUGAAAACUGGAAGCUGAAAAACGACUGCACGCCGAAAAUGUCACAAGAUGGAACUCACAACUAA